UAUAGAUUAAACCUAAUCUUCAGACGGUUUUAACAUGGCUGGCAAGGACUUGUUCGUUUUUGUUGUAAUUGUGCAAUUCAUUGCAGUUCUAUGUUUUGAUUGUACCAACAAAACCGAUGGUAGUUUUGAAGUUGGCUGUAAGGUGUUUGUACAAUGUAUAAGUGGUAAAUCUAAAACAGUCGAAUGCCCUGGUAACACAGUUUUCAAUUCAAAACUGAAAAUCUGUGAUGCACCAAAAAAUGUUCCAGAACCAUGUGGAUUAAUAAAAAAUUGCUCUAACCUUAAAGAUGGUAGUUAUCCAGAUUUGCAACAGCACUGCGCCUCAUAUUUCACAUGUCAUGCUGGCUAUUAUUUAGGCCACAACUUCUGCCCAGGAGGAACCGUUUAUAGUUCUGAAUUAAACAACUGUGAUUGGAAGUCUGACGUAGUACCACCUUGUGGUAAUAAAUCAUCCAAAUAACAAACAGGGGUCUACUUCAUCUUCACAUCUUCGUUUUAUACCUUGACUACAAUAGCCACCUUUCCAAUAUCACGGAGGUUUUCAAAUGCAAGGUACGCUAGUGAAUACGGCCAAUCAGAGCCCUCGACAGAACGCCUAUAAAUAAUCCAUAAUGAUUAGUCUUUUUGUCGAGGGCGCUGUAUUCGGUAGCGUAAGCUACAAUCCAAUCAUAUUGCUGCAUUCCCUGAUACAAAAACAACGGCUAUUGUAGUUAAGUAUACGACAUAGUUCGUAAUACCUUGAACAUUGUGAAGAUGGGGUCUAAAUGUGAAUUAAAAUGUUCACCUGAACGAAAAAUUUUCUUUCA